GCUCAGUCAUGGACCUGCAGGAGGAGAUGGUGAAGAUGUUACUGGAACUCUCAAACAGCAUGGACAUCUUCUCUUCCAUCAGUCCACCUCUAGGUGAAACACAACUUGAUUCACCCUUCCCUGCACCUAAAGGCACAGGACCCUCCUUGCGAUACAAGACUGAGCUUUGCAACCGAUAUGCUGAGACUGGCUUUUGUGCUUACAGAAACCGCUGCCAAUUUGCCCAUGGCUUGAGCGAUCUCCGCCCGCCAUUCCAGCACCCAAAGUACAAGACUGAACUCUGCCGUUCUUUUCACAUCCUUGGCACAUGCACUUAUGGUCCUCGCUGCCUAUUCAUACAUGGCCAUAGCGAGAAGAGGGAAGUACCAGAUACAAUCAGUCUCAGACAGCGGCGCCCACUACCUUUCUACAGCAAAAAGCAAUGCCGCCUUUGGCGCUCACCUGCAGGCUGUCCUUACGGAUCGAAUUGCCUCUUUCAGCACCCACAUGCUGUUCGCGACAUCUGCCGUCACUAUGCAGCACUUGGCGUUUGCCCAUAUGGUGUCCACUGUCUGUUUAAGCACACCCCACCUCCAGACCGUUGGGGAACGGGAAGUAAUGCUGGAAGUGGGUCGCUUUCCCCAUCAGAAUCCGAUGCUGAAACUGGGAAUGACCUUUUCACUGCGGCCUCCGCCAACAAUGCUUUUAACUUUUCAAGUCUGCUCUUGCCACUCGCACUGAAGCUAGAGAUCCUGGGAGAAGACGACAUCUCUGUAAAUGGUCGGAAUGUAACAGACAAUGAGAAUUCCCAGGAAAUGCAAAGUUUUUGA